AUAAACGAACACUAUAUAACGGCGGAGUCGUUUUCCGCAUCGAAGGUACGAUUAGUGUUUUUCAAGGCGUGCAAUCACAAAAAUGGCACCGCAAAUUAAAUAUACUAAGUUGUUCAUCGACAACCAGUGGGUGGACGCCGUCAGUGGCAAAACCUUCGACACCUACAACCCACAUGACGGCUCCGUUAUUGCUAAAGUGGCUGAGGGUGAUGAGGCUGACAUCAACCUAGCCGUGGCGGCGGCAAAGCGUGCCUUCCACCGAAACUCUGAAUGGAGGCUGCUAGACGCGGCGCAGCGAGGUGCCAUACUGUACAAGUUCGCAGAUCUGGUCCAACGCGACGCUGACUACCUCGCCGAACUAGAAUCGUAUAACAAUGGAAUGGUGUUGUCUUUCUCAAAAAACUUUACUCAAUCCGGUAUACAGUCAAUCCGCUACUUGGCCAGUUUGGCUGACAAAAUUCAAGGAGACACUAUUCCUUUAAAUGGCGAAGUAUUCUCUUACACUCUGAAGCAGCCUGUAGGCGUGUGCGGGCUAAUUUUACCAUGGAACGUGCCCAUAUUGAUGUUCAUCAAUAAAGUUGUCACUGCUCUCGCUGCUGGUUGUACGGUUGUGGUGAAGCCGGCAGAGCAGACACCGCUUACUGCGCUUGCGCUGGCCGCGCUGCUGCAGGAGGCGGGUGUACCGGCGGGCGUUGUCAAUAUUGUCAACGGUUUCGGAGUCGGCGCCGGCACCACACUUACCCACCACCGGGACGUCGCCAAGAUCUCAUUCACUGGAUCUAUGGAAGUGGGCAAGCUGAUCCAGCAAGCAGCGGGCGCCACCAACCUGAAGCGAGUGACACUCGAGCUCGGCGGCAAGAGCCCGCUCAUUAUCAUGAAUGACGCAGACUUGAAUGUCGCUAUACCUUACGCUGCAUUUGGUGUUUUCGCACAUCAAGGACAAAUAUGCGUGGCCGCGUCUCGUCUGUAUGUCCAGUCGGGCAUCUAUGAUAAAUUCGUUCAGGGAGCCGUCGCAUUCGCUAAGCAGAGGAAAGUUGGAAAUCCCACAGAGCCCACUACACAACAAGGACCACAGAUUGAUGGAGAAAUGAUGAACAAAGUGCUUGGGUAUAUUGAGAAGGGCAAGAAGGAGGGAGCUAAGCUGCUGACAGGAGGCAAGCGCAUUGGUAAUUCUGGUUUCUACAUCGAACCGACAGUCUUCGCCGAUGUGACUGAUGAUAUGACUAUCGCCAAGGAAGAGAUCUUCGGACCCGUUCAAAGUAUCCUUAAGUUCGACACACUCGAAGAGGUCAUCGACAGAGCCAAUGCCACCAACUACGGUCUUUCUGCGGGUAUCUUCACCACCAACCUAAAUACCGCUCUGCAGUACAGCAAACACGUUGAAGCAGGUGUUGUAUGGGUUAACACUUACUUAGCUAGCGGUCCUCAGGCUGUCUUCGGAGGUUUCAAGGAUUCAGGUCUCGGAAGAGAAAAUGGUCCGAACUGCGUUGAUGCUUACUUGGAAGUGAAGACUGUUACCAUAAGCCUGCCCAAGAAAAUUUAAAUUAUUACAUCUUAUAAUUAACUUUAAACAACUGCUACGUUUUGUCGGUUUUAUAUUAUUUAAAUAUUGUACAUUAUGUGUCUGGAUUAAACGGAAUUAU